CGACGCGACGCAAAGAAGUUCAAGAAUAGCGUCGUACUAAUUCACACUGAACGCGUCAGCGUCAUCGCAAAUCAAAGCAAUGCAUGGUAAUACAUGGCAAUGCAUGAGCGAUCACGUAACCACACGUAACCUAGAAUCAUGGAGGCCUAUCGACAGCGUUUGCGAACGAAAAUUACUGGCAUAUUACUUUUGUAUAGACGGCUAAAACUUAUGGAAGAGGAAAAUAAAAGAUUUCACCGAUUCUGGGAGCAUCCAAUAAUUAAAACGAGACCAACUCAUGGGAACUGGGAACAUUUGAUACAAGAGCUCCGUUUGUAUGAUCAUGAAACCUAUUUUAACUUUAUGAGAAACACCACAAACUUUUGAAGAGAUUCUUUCUUUGGUUGGAUCACAACUAAUACUACAAACAACAAAUUGUCGAGAGCCCAUCUCUGUAGAAACUCGAUUAUCAUUUACAAUUCGCUAUUUAGCUACUGGAGAUUCUCUAAAAUCAUUAGCUUUGGGUUUCAAAAUUGGGACAAGUACUGCAUCUAAAAUAGUUCGAGAAACGUGCAAAGCGAUAUGGUGUAAUAUGCAGCAAGAAUUUUUAACACCCUCUGAAGAAAAUUGGUUACAUAUUCAUGAUGAAUUUGCACAACGUUGGAAUUUUCCACACUGUGUUGGCGCAUUGGAUGGAAAGCAUGUUGUCAUCACAGCUCCGGCAAAUUCUGGAUCGUCGUUCUAUAACUAUAAAGGACAACAUAGUAUUGUGCUAAUGGCCUUGGUAUCUGCAAAUUAUAAAUUUCUUAUGGUAGAUAUAGGAGCUCAAGGGCGCCAUAGCGACGGAGGUAUCUUUAAAAACUGUGAAAUGGGUCGUCGAUUCAGUGAAGGACUAAUGAAUUUGCCUCCUCCGUCAAUUAUUGAUCCAGCAUAUACUGAACCACUUCCAUUCGUAAUAGUUGCAGACGAGGCUUUUCAAUUGAACUCAUUUACUAUGAGACCAUAUCCAGGGAGGAAUCUAACUCCAGAAAGACGUAUAUUCAACUACAGAUUGUCCAGGGCAAGAAGAGUGGUUGAGAAUGCUUUUGCUAUUAUGGUUGCACGAUGGAGAAUUUAUCAUACCUUUAUGAACACAUUGCUGGCUACGAUCGAAGCAAUUGUGCAAGCUACUGUUUGUCUUCACAAUUUUAUGAUGACGAGAAAUCAUUAUUUUGAUCACCGAUUGAUCAUGUGAAUUGCGAUGGCAUCAUGGCGAACGAUACGCAGCCAGAAACAGGUGCAGUUCAAAGUUAUCAUAAUUCCAGUUCAAACAAUUAUUCGAGACAAGCAGCUGAGAUCCGAAAUAGAUUUACUCAAUAUUUUAUGAACGAAGGAGUUGUAUCAUGGCAA